AUGUCGGGGUCUCCAAGUACGACUCCAAAGUCGGAGAAGACGAUGUCUUCCCGUCUGCUGACCAUGAAGUUCAUGCAGCGCGCUGCUGCUUCUGCAGCGACCAAAGAACCACAGAGCUCAACUCCUGACGAAGGCAAGCAUACACCGAAGCGCCCCAGGUUGUCGACGGAACCUGCCAGCCCCUCCACUCCCCAGUCUGAUCUGGAGGCUAUUUCCGCGGCACUUGCAGCUGAAGAAGAGAAGCGACGGGAGGCCAUUACGCGACAAGCAGCAGAGGCCGGCGAGUCAGAAUGGGUGCUGGACAUCCCGGCUGUGAACUACUCUCCGCAACCAAUUGUCCUCUCGGCGGACUCGCUAGACACUGAGGGAGAUAUACCCCAGGGUGGUCGCCGCGCAUACGGAAACUUCAAGCGCAAAAAACCUGUUACCAAAUACAGCGAGACCCAGCUUGAAGAAGACGAGGAGGAGGAAGAGGAGGAAUUGCAGCAGCAGAUUGCUCAGCACGCAGAUGAUCCCGAAGCCGUGAGCGCCCUCAGGGAGAAGGCGAAGCAGAAGAUGUUGGCCAGGGAGGCACGUCGAAAGGCCGCUGAAGCCGACGCUGCGAGGAUUGAGAGGAAGAGGCUCUCUAAUAUAACCAGUAUCUCUGGAUCGCAGCAAUCUUCAUCAUCGAGAAUGGGAGGUCCGUCAACGAAAAAGAAGAAGCGCAAGUUCUAA